AUGGCAAUGCAAGACCAUCCUUCUCCGUGUGGCCACCACCCCCAAAUCCUCUUGGAUAAAAAAUGUUUAGUGGGCGAGUUGAAAAAUUCCACUACCGCAAAAUCCAAGAAUAGCAAAGGGGUUCACUUGGAGGUUUCUUUUGAAGCAGUUGACCCUCCAGCCAUCUCACUGUGCCUGGUCAGCUGCGUUGAUCAGACCGGGGAUCGCUUGACAGCACCGCCUCGUAUACUUGGUGUAACUGGAGGCUUUGUACUGCUGGCUAUCACCUUCUCGGACAGUGUCAACCGUUACUUGUUCAUCGACUAUUUUGUUUACAAAGCAGGGCCUGAUUUCGCCUCUCUUCAUCUUCUUGCAAGGCCAUACCCGUCUUCUUUUUCGCCAAACAUGGCUGCCAUCUUGCCUGUUAGUGAUAACAGUGAAGACUUUGCUGUCAUUUUCCCACAUGUUGAAUAUUUCAGACUUGAGUCUCGCGAACAUUACACACUCCACAUAUAUCGAUCUGACACGAAUGAUUGGCACUCUCAGGUCGCUUGUAUCGCUGAGGAUAAUGAGACAAGGAAUGCCAGGGAUAAGCUAUUGCUUCAUAAUACCAUGAGCGUGGCAUAUGCAGAAAAGGGUAUCAUAGGUUGGAUUGAUCUCUGGUGGGGAAUUCUCUUAUGCAAUGUUUUGGAUAAAAAGCCUACCAUCCGUUUUGUUCCGUUGCCAGUUCCGGAACCGUGUGAUACGUCUGAGUUCCAUUUGAUGUUUGAGAAUCUCACUCCAAGACCACACCGUCAUGUGACGAUAUUCAAUGAUUUGAUCAAGUGUGUUGAGUUAGAUUUUCAUGUGCAAGAUGCUUUCUUCAACAUGAAGCGAGCAAAGGAUUAUGGCUGGAUGGCUAAAACAUGGACUAGAUCAAUUUAUUCAGAUGUUUGGUGUGAUGGCUUGACGAUUGAUACGUCUGAGAUAUCUUUCACCGACUCAAGUUUGCCGAAUUUGUUGCCUGGGAUGUUUGAUGAGGAAAACAAUUUGACUUGGAAGAAAUUGACUAGUGCUCGUCCUACAUUAAGCUUGCUUGAUGACAAUGUUAUUUACAUUAUGGCGAACGAGAGCAUGUGCCAUCCGACAGCAUAUGUACUUACUGUGGACACCAAAAGUUUGAAGCUCGAGUCUGGUGCGCAGUGUGCUCCUCAAAAGACGGCGUGGUUCGAACCAACAUAUGAACCGUGUGUUCUUUUUAGCUCUUUUGGCACGACUUCAGAGUUGGUUAAAGAAUUUGAAACCAAAGGGACAAUAUUUGAAAUCAAGGAAGGGCCGGUGCUCUCGGUGGUGUCGAAGCGUCUCCGUGUGCUGCGGAAGAAGCAGAAUCGCAUCGCGCAGAUGGAGGAGUCCGUCGCUGCCGGCAAGAUGCUUAACCAGGAGCAGAAGGAGCUCAUGCACUCCAAGCCCGUCAUCGCCGCGCUCAUUGACGAGCUUGAGCGCCUCCGCGUACCACUCUCCACUGCUCUCACCAAGGAGCUCUCCACCGUCCCUGCACCUGCUGCCGGUUCCUCAUCCUUUGGCUCCGAUUUGUCCAUCCAGGACCUCCUCGCGCUCAUCUACUUCGGCUCCCUUUUUUAUGUCAAGUCACCGAACGAGUUCAUCGCCACCAUGGUUGCGCGCAAGAACGAACGGAGCAGCUGCAUCACCCACGGCUACGUAUGGGAUGAUACCGUGGACCUGCUCGUGGAGAACGACCUUGACGCAGUGUCUGCUGUAGCGGCCCUUGCCGCGACUCGCCCUUCUUCCGCAGAUGGUGUCUCCCACCAUGACGCACUCCAGGCCUGUGCCCAUCAUGCCCGCCUAUGGCUAACCCGUGCUGAUGCGCCGAUCCACCCUGGCUCCUCUGUUACAUAUGCUGCGGUGAGGUCCAAGUUAGACAGGAUCAUGGCAUCAGACUACUACACAGCACCUGCAGUUGCUGGGAACCAUGGAGCUGAAGGUCUGCAGGCACAGAUGAGCAUGACCGACUCACCAGAGGCACCAUCACUCAAGGAGACCCUAGCUGCUGAAAAUCACAAGGAGGACGAGGAAGAUUCCUCGCAUGCCACAGAAAUCGACAAUGAUCAUUAG